AGAUCAAAACAUGGCGUUCCCGAGAGAUGAGAUGAUGUUGUCAGGGGAAACUGAUGAUGAAGAAACGUUAGAGAAUCUAGUUGAGCCAGAGAGUGUGAGAUGCAGUUGCAGAGGGAAGUGCGCUAGAGUGAGACGUGAUGGACGAGGCUGCGAGUGCAAAGCGGCAGGUGCGCACUGUGUGAGUGUAUGUUCUUGCAGACCUGAGAUAUGCAGGAAUCGCGGCGAGAGUUGUCGAGGAGAUGACAGUCAUGCAGGUGUAUUAGUUGGUCCUCCCAGAGAAGUGGCUCCUUCUGCUGAUGAAAUUGAGAUGUCAAAGCUCUCUGCUGUCCAAGUUUCUCCAUCCUAGGUGAUUUCAGUUCAGUCUCUCUCUUGUCAACAAAUUGAACGUCUACAACUUUUCGUGUGACAAUAUCCAUAAGAGAGUACACACAAUAUUUUGCACUGAACCCUGGUGAGUCACAGCGCCCAUCACCAGCAAGAACUACUGGUCGAUCUCCAAUAUCGGCGAGGAUUGCAUUUCUGGAUGUUUCCCAAUGUUCCACAACAGAUGGACAUAUAUAGGCGCUGAAUGCGAUCGAAAGUUGACUGUGAUAUAGAAUUCAAUCUAAAGAACUGACACAAGAGACUAAUUUUUGAGAAGUUGUUUCCAGACAGAAAAACUGAAGCAGCAAACAAAAGAUUAUUUAUGAAGAAUGGGUAUCCAUUUUGAGAUUUGCAUCGUCCUUAACUACUCCAUGAGCCUUGGUGGAACUUCUUG